AUGUCGAACGAGACUCGCUCGUCUUGCAAUAUUGCGUUAAAACCUGCAACUGCAAAGCUUCCACAGCCCCCCACUGAUAUUGCAAAACGAGCCAUUGCCACUAAUAAUACGCUCGCUAGGCGCUCUGGUAUCCACCGCAAGCCAUUGAAGAACCCUAUCCCCGUUGGGAUAGCUUGGUGUAUUCACUGA